AUGCUAACAACGUCAUGAGAAACCAAUAGCAGAUAUUCUUGCCAUCGAUAAAAUAUCCUCGCUAUCGACUUCGACUACUUCAAUGCUUGUUCUGCCUUUUGACGAUAUAUUUCUGAGACUCCAAACACUAGAGAAAAUGAUAAUUGAAGUAUUUCAAAUUCUCAAUAUUUCACAGGCAUCCAGAAUGGAAACAAGACUGAUUUAUUCCGUAUCAAGUUCUCAUCCCGGAAUGAACAGAAGCAGCAACACGAUGCAAUGCUAAAGUGGUGUCAGGAAAAUGUGAAUAUCACCACACAGAACAAUAUCAUUGAAAUUCUCGGAGAAAGGACAACAGAUAUAAUGAUUGAGGAGUUAGACAUCGCUUCUCAAGUUCAGGAAACUGGCCCCGUAACAUCGACAUCAACUUUGGAGGAAUACCAAUCGCAAAUAUCACAGAUCGAAGGAGAAACGAACAACUCGAUCCAAAAUAUCCAAAAACAUUUGAUAGAAGAAGACAUAAGGGUUGAGUAUUUGGUUCUGAGAAAUGAUACAUUCGUGGAUUCUGGUGAAAUACAAGCAAUCAAUGGAAUAGAUGUUAACGAUGUCCCAGCUAACAUAUUGAACAUCAAUGAUGGAUUUCAUUUUGAUACAAGUCUAGAAUUUGUCUAUUUGAGGACCCAUGAACCGAUACUAACUAACAAUGUUAAUAAUCACUCAAUAGAGAGCAUUUUACGUCGGACCAAUAUAUUGGAAAAUGUUACUGUCAACGGUAUCGUGAAUUUCAAAGAUGGCCUCGAAAGUGACAAACUCGAUGAUAUGAAUAUUGGUAUUCAAAACUCACUCCUGAAUAUGGGAGACCAAAGCCUAGGAAAUUUCACUUCCAUCAGCUUGACUGCAGAAAAGGUUGCAGCUGCGAUACUGAAUGAUCAUCUACUCAAAAAUCUGGAAAAUGAAAACAAGGAUAAGGAAGGAGAAGAGCCAAAGAAGAGCGUUGAUUCAGUGAACGUGGAUAACUUGAUUGUUGGUGGAUUCAUCAACGAUGUUGAUAUUCCUACUUUAUAUAAAUAUGCUCUGAGGAGAAAGAAUCUGCAGAAUAUUACAGAAACUUACUAUUUCGAUAGUGUGAAAGCUGAAAGUCUGAUUAGUGAUGAUUUGUCUGGCAAACAAGUUAGCAAUAACCUCAUCCCUAUCACAGAGGGAACAUAUUUCAUAAAUAAAGACGUGAUGUUCAACAAAGACUUAUCCGUAAACAAUCUCACUGCUACGCAGAAUCUAAACAACAUAAACGUGAUGGAUGGAAAUCUCGACGUACUGCUGAAGAAAUCCGAUGAACGGCAAUACGUAUCCGGAACGAAAUCGUUUGAAAACUUAGAAUUACUGAGCCCCAUAAACUUGCACGGAAAGAUAAGGGGGAAGGCAUUCGAGACUAUGAGUCCGCUUGUUAAGGUGGAUCAGGAUGUGGAAAUAAACGGUGAUGUCAGGAUUACCGGAAACGCUGUAAGUGAGGGAACAAUCAGAUUGAAGAAUAUUAUUACCAACGAUAAAAAAAAGUCCUUGGAGAAUUUGCUGGAGAAUGGAGUCAAGCUCAACAGCGAUAUUAUGCCAACCCACUUGGUAUUUUCUCAGCAUAUAAACGUCGAUGACCUAUCUACCGAUACGAUUAAUUCAAUCGAUCCCAGGUCCUGGUUGGUAAACGGAGCGAAACAAAUACAAAUUGUCCACGCUCCGAAGCAGUUCAAUGGGGAUUUGGAGAUUGAAGGCGAUACGACAUGCCGAAGGAUAAACGACAUUGAUAUGGAAGAAUUAGAAGGCAACGUACUCAGGAAAGAUGGAGAUCAGAUUAUCAGUGGAAAACAUUACGUCAAAUAUGUGGCUACAGAAAAAAUGAUCAAUACAAACAGCACAAGAUUUGGGAGGCAUCCAUGGAAGGAUGUCCUAAUAACAAGUGAACAUCAAACAAUUCAUGGAAAUAUGUUCAUCAGGAAAGACUUAUCAGCCAGGUCCAUGGUCAUCAGUAAUAUGACAGUGAGAGGCCUCAUAGAAAGUUUGAAUGCCAAGAAAAUUCUCAAUGAUGCAGUCACUAUAAAUCAUCACCUCAGAUUAGCUGGCGAUAAAACUUUCAGAAACCUCAUCAUUGAUGAUCUGAAGUUGAAGACUUCUCAUUUCGAAAAAGUUCUUGAACAGUUAGCUGAAAACACACUGGAAUUGAGUAAUGUGAAAACUCUCGAAAAUGUCAAUGUCGAAAGUCUCCACUUCACACAGAGUUUCAAUGAUGUAUCCAAUGUCGUUCUAAAGAAUGAAAAUGAAACAGAAAAAAUGAUGGUGGAAUUGGGUGAUCAAGAAUUCAACUCUAUUAAAGUAUUUGGAAAUGUGUUCAUCGAAUCCAAUUGUUUGAAUAAUAUCGAUAUGAGUGAUCUUUAUUUGAAUACUGUGAAGGUCGAUGAACCUCAUCAAUUUGAUUUUGUAGAUUUCGCAAAUGACGUCAUUGUUAGUGACACAAUAGCUCUCGCUGGACACGUCGACAAUCUGGAUCUGGACAAUAUUUUCCAGAACGAAGUGGGUGGCCAGCAAACGAUUCUGGACGUUUUGGAUAAAAAGCACUUCCAUGAAAAUGUCACGAUCCUAGGUGCUGUCCAUAUUAAUGGAAAUCUGAAUGGAGUUAAUGUCUCGGAUCUGUGCGGAUUCGCCUCGGAUAUAAAAGACGCUGGAAGCAGGCUCAUUCUGGAGGGUAGCCGUGCGGACAAAGUGCCAGUAUUCAGAUCCACAUCCGCUUUCCGGUCGUGGGUUCAAUUCCCCGCGACUGCAGGAAUUUUUCUGAUGGCCCAAGAAAGUGUUUGGGAUCACACGUUGAAAGAAAUUGCAUUGAUAACUCCUUUCGAAUUAUUUGAACAAACCCGAAUGAGUUUUGGUUCACGGAAUGCUGCACAAACCUUUCAGAGAUUUAUAGAUAACAUUACUCGAUGGUUAGAUUUAUGCUACGCAUACUCAGACGACAUUCUCAUCGCAAGUUCCUCAGAAGUAGAUCAUAAAUCCUAUCUGAGGCAACUAUUCAAGUGA